UAUGGUUUUCGACAGUGAUUGACGUUUCUUUCGAAUUGUUUGAGCAUGAAAAUUUCGGUUUUGCUUUGAUUUUGAUAAUAAUAUAUUGAUGUAGAUGAUAUUAAAACAUUGAGGCUGAGAAAUGGAAGUGUGACCUAAACCAAAUGAUGAGGCAUACCACGGAAAAACUAUAAUAUUACAGGAUAAGACGAGGAAAUGGUAAUACCAUAAUGCUAGGAAUGACAAUGGAAGACAUAACCAAAACAUUAAGAGAAGCACAAAACGGCAACAAAAUCUUUCUAGAAACUGUCUUCCAAAAAUACCCUGAUUAUCACUGGAGUCAAAUAUAUUACAAAGCUACAGGUGAUACUCUCCUUCACUGUGCUGCUAGAUUGGGGCACAUUAAUAUCAUAAAAUAUCUUCUUUCAAACUUUGUCCCUAUCUCUGUUGACUGUAAAAAUAAAGAUGAUAAAACUGCUCUACAUGAAGCCAGUCAAUUUUUGCAGUUUGAAUCAUGUGAGGUACUUUUGAGGUAUGGUGCAGAGGUAAAUGCCCUCAAGAGGGCUGACUGGACUCCAUUAAUGCUAGCUUGUACAAAAACUGAGGGUGAAAAUAGUUGGAAAACAAUUAAGUUAUUGUUAGAACAUGGUGCUUUGGUCAACUAUAAAAAUAAAGAUGGUUGGACAUGUGUUCAUCUAGUUGCACGGCAAGGUAAUGUAUCUGUUAUGAAACUGCUGCUCCAAUAUGGUUUGGAUGCAAAAAUAAAGACUAAAAAUGGCAGAUCAGCACUCCACAUAGCUGCUUUACAUGGCAAACUGGAAAUUGUUGAAUUGUUACUGGGAGCUGGACUGGAUAUUGAUGAAAGAGAUAAUUGUGGCAAUACUCCACUGCAUGAGGCUGCCUUGGGCCAUAUUAAUAUUUGUGAGUUGUUGAUCAACCAUGGGGCCAACAUUAAUUUGAAGAAUAAUUGUGGCUUAAAUGUGGUGCAUUUAACUGCUGCAACAGGGAAUAUAGAAAUCUUGAGGUUAUUUUUGAGUGAGCAUAAACUUGAUAUAAAUGAUCAUGACAAUAGUGGUUUCACCAGUCUACAUUAUGCUAGUAGAGCAGGAAAACGAGCAGCCUAUGAUUUUUUAGUUUCUUGUGGGGCCUGUGAGGAAAUUAAAGAUAAUUUUGGAAGAACUCCACAAGAGGUGUUCACACAUAUACCUUAAUAUUUUUCAUGUGAUUGGAUGUCAAAAGAGUUUGACAUACCUACUGAGUUUCAAGUCUAAUUUAAGUUGAGAUGCAUUAUUGUAAGGAGAUUAUAUUUUCCAAAGAGGGGCAAAUAUUGGUGUAGAUUUCUGUUCCUAAGACUUGGAUUCUAUUUUAUAAAAAACCAAAAAGGUUCUGAUGUUCUUCAAUGUGGUGCUUAAAUGUUAUACCUGUCUGAUCAAUAUUUAUUUCAGGACAAAAUCUACACUUCAGUUUGUAUGCUCUUGAUUUUUAUAUUUCAGAAGAUUGAAAUUCUAUAUAUAUUGUUGAUGGUACUUAAAAAUAAUGUUGUCUAUCAGAUCCAAGUUCUAACCAUUGUUGAUUGCUUUCUGUUUUAUGAUAUUGAGAGGUUUAUUGAAAUUUCUUCUUUCAUCAUUAUAUGAAUAGUGAUAUCAGUAUAAAAAAAUUUGCAUAUUUUACUUACUGAAUGAAUUUUCCAAGUGAAGUGUCUGAAUGUGUAAUGAAAAAGUAAUGACAAGAUCUGCCCAUUUCACUGAUUUUUACCUAUUUUACCCUAUCCUCCCUAUAGGUGGAAAGAAUGCAAAAGUGUUUGGAGUUGGUCACCAACAUCGGAAGUAGUUAUGUAUUCUCAAGAACUUGUUUAUUAUCUCCAAAAGAAAAAAAAAAGGUUGUUCUGAAGAGAGCCUCAGAUUCUCAUUUUUACUCAUAACAUUUUAGCCCUUUUGGGCUACUUUUUCCUUGAUGUGGUUGUGGAAUUGGAUUGCUUUUUUGUAAUUUUUUUCUUUGAUAAUCAUGGCAUUGUUACCAUGCAUCAUUUUGAGAGGCUCUGUAUAUCAACAUAUACACCAGUUCUGGAAUUUGUUAUUUUCAUAAUUUAUUUAGGCGGCUGCUUUACUAAAAUCAC